AUGGCGGAGGAGUUCAUGAAUGAUGCAAUGGAGGAGGAAGAGAUGGGCAGAUUAGUGUAUGAUGAUGAUGAUGAAGAUCUAUUGGAGUUUGACGAUCGUUGGUGUCUUGUGGGGAGAUUCCUAACCAAACGGGGAGUAGAUUUUCAGGCUAUGCAACAUAAAAUGGCCACUCUUUGGCAGCCGGGGAGAGGUAUGUAUGUCAAAGAACUCGGUCCAAAUCAUUUUCUCUUUCAAUUUUACCAUGAGGUGGAUAUCGAAAGGGUUAUCGAUGGAAGUCCUUGGACUUUUGAUCGAGCACCAUUGAUUUUUGAAAGGGUGACACCGGGUGCUAAUCCGAGAUCGAUCCCGUUAAACCACCUAGAUUUUUGGAUUCAACUACAUGAUAUAACAUCGGGGUUCAAGUCUGAGAGAGUGGUUCGGGAUGUUGGCAAUUAUAUAGGCAAAUUUGUUAAGUCCGACCCUAAUAAUUUUGCGGGUGUGUGGAGGGACUAUCUCAGAGUUAGAGUCACAAUUCGGGUGGACAAACCUCUCGAACAAAAGAUGAAACUGGAAAAGAAGAGCGGUGCUUCCUGCAAGAUCCUAUUCAAAUAUGAGGAUCUUCCUACAUUUUGCUUCAUUUGCGGUGUACUUGGCCAUUCGGAACGUUUCUGUGAUAGGUUGUUUGAGACUCCUCUUCAUUUGAUUGACAAGCCGUAUGGCUUGGAGUUGAAGGCAGCCCCGAGGAGACGACACUACACUAUGGGGGCUCAAUGGCUCCGAUCGGCCGUCGUGGCAAAGGCUGGUGCGUCAAGCUCUCAUGGAGGUGAGAGGGGACAACACAAUAAUGAUACAGAGAGAAAUCCGGGGAUGGAGAAUUUGCCAGCAAACAAUCCGAAUAUGAAUAUAGAUUAUGGAAAGAAUCCCACUAAUUAA